UAUUUGUUUUGACAUAUUUUUUUUUUUUUGAAUAAAUUGUAUAAAUUUUCGAACACCUUUUUUCUUGAGAAAUAGAUACUUUUAUACCUAAUUAAGAAAGGAUGAUAUAAUUUUAUACCAUCUAAUGAAGAGUGAAUAAAUAUAUUAUCAUUAAAAUUAAAUACGAUAUUGAAAAUAUGAUCCCUAUUUUAAAUAAUAGUAAUACCUCAUUAUACUAUCCUUUUAUUCAUGGGGAUAAAAAGCAAACGAAAGUGUAUUGGUUGCUAACUUGCUAAUUGCUUUUCAUGCCAUAAAUGUCAAUAUGUAUUUGCAUUUCUUUUAUUUUGAAGCAAUGUAUUUGCAUUUCAUUUCAACGUCAUUUCAUUUCAUUUUCAUACAACACUUUCAAACCCGAAUAUAUAGUUACACUCCCUCACUCUCUCUCUCUGUCUCUCUAAAAAUAUUCUGCCUGCCAUUUUGAUUUGCAGUCAUUCCCUAUAUAGCGACUCAUCUCGCACACUAUUGUUAGCUAGCAGGAGCAGAUCGAGAGUGUAUAAGUUAAGAUGGCAGAGGGAGAGGAUAUUCAACCCCUUGUUGUUGAUAAUGGUACUGGAAUGGUCAAGGCUGGUUUUGCUGGUGAUGAUGCCCCAAGGGCAGUUUUCCCUAGCAUAGUAGGUCGUCCUCGACAUACAGGUGUUAUGGUUGGGAUGGGUCAAAAAGACGCUUAUGUAGGGGAUGAAGCUCAGUCUAAGAGAGGUAUUCUUACGUUGAAGUACCCGAUUGAGCAUGGUAUAGUGAGCAACUGGGACGACAUGGAGAAGAUUUGGCACCACACCUUUUACAACGAGCUCCGUGUUGGCCCUGAAGAGCACCCUGUUUUGCUCACCGAGGCUCCACUCAACCCCAAGGCGAACAGAGAGAAAAUGACUCAGAUCAUGUUUGAGACCUUCAAUGUGCCGGCCAUGUACGUUGCUAUCCAGGCCGUUCUCUCGCUUUAUGCUAGUGGUCGCACGACAGGUAUCGUGCUCGACUCUGGUGAUGGUGUGAGCCACACAGUUCCUAUUUACGAAGGUUAUGCUCUACCCCACGCUAUUUUGAGGUUGGAUCUUGCUGGUCGUGAUCUCACCGAUUAUCUCAUGAAGAUACUGACUGAGAGGGGUUACAUGUUCACCACAACUGCCGAGCGGGAAAUUGUCCGCGACGUAAAGGAGAAGCUUGCGUAUGUUGCACUUGAUUUCGAGCAGGAAACGGAGACAUCGAAAAACAGCUCUUCUGUGGAGAAGAGCUACGAGCUUCCCGAUGGACAGGUUAUUACGAUUGGUGCUGAAAGGUUCCGCUGCCCAGAAGUGUUGUUCCAGCCAUCACUGAUUGGAAUGGAAGCUGCUGGAAUUCACGAAACGACCUACAACUCCAUCAUGAAAUGUGAUGUGGAUAUCAGGAAGGAUCUCUAUGGUAACAUCGUGCUCAGCGGUGGAUCAACUAUGUUCCCGGGCAUUGCUGAUCGUAUGAGCAAGGAAAUAACAGCUCUUGCUCCGAGCAGCAUGAAGAUCAAGGUGGUUGCGCCGCCUGAGAGAAAGUACAGUGUCUGGAUCGGAGGAUCGAUCCUAGCAUCUCUCAGUACUUUCCAGCAGAUGUGGAUCGCGAAGGCAGAGUACGACGAAUCUGGUCCUGCUAUUGUUCACAGGAAGUGUUUCUGAGCUCGUGAACACGGUGUUAUAAGUUUCUUGUAUCGGUUAAAGCUUUGGAUUUAGCUUGAGUUGGAUUUGCAGAUUUGAGGUCAUGAAUUGAUUUUGCAAGGUCUUUUCCAUGGUUGGUAACUUGGUAUGCUAUAAUUCUAUCUUUUAUUUAUAAAUAAUUUAAUUUUAUUGGGUUAUGUCUCCUAGAAGUUUAUGUAGCGUAGUGCUGUAAUAUUUUGGAUGGCACUAAACUUCUUAUACAUAUUUUUCUACAAGCUUACUUGGAAUGCAAUGGAUUUGUUGCA